UGAAACGUUGGCAUAUUUGGCAUUUCUAUCUUUCGUUUUGGCAUAUCUAUUGAAAAUGAAAUUAAAAUAAUAUACAAAAUUUAAACACGAAUUAUCUGAAAAAUGGUCUUAUUGUGAUCUUUUGAAGUUGAGAAGUAUAUUUUCUGUUAAUUGGUUGUAGAAUUAAGUUAUAAAAUGGCUUCACGCGGUGGUAUUAUGGUGACAGGGACGAAUGGAGCUGAUUUCGAACACAGAGAAAAAGUUGCUGCACAAUAUCAAUUAAGUGCUUUAAAUAAAUCCCGACUGAAAUACUGUGUAUUCUUCCAUCAUAUGCUGUUCCUGGUGAUGCUGGCCAAGUUAUCUGCUGAUAUACUGGACAAACUUGAUAUUUUUAUAUUAGAAAUUGAAGAAUUACAAAUACCACAGCCAGUUUGGUGGGAGUAUGUUUGGUGCCUGUCACUUCUCCUCUCGUUCCUAGGUCUCUCUGCUAUAAAACGGAACAAUAUAAAACAAUUAAGACGUUAUAUGUAUGGCAUCUGUAUUCUCGGAUUUGGACCGUUACUGUACUGUGUCUUGUAUUAUUGUGGAGAUGUUUGGAGAUACUUGUCAAGAGACGACGAAGAAGAUGACAGCUCUGAAGUAGAGAUUGAGUUAUGGCAGGAUUACCCAUACGGCUUGCUGUGGUAUGCGUUCGUACUACUUGGAUCGCAAAUUCAUUUCUUUCAAUUGUACUUCUCGUACAAUCUACUUAAAGCGUGGCGCGCCAGAGGAGCAUUGAGGAAAGCAGAAUGAACCAGAACUGUUAAGUUUAAUUGUACCUUUUGAAACAUAGUAACUAUUAAAAGAUGCCUUUGACAAUAUUUUAUCAUAUAAUUUAAUAACAAUACUAGUUAAAUUACAAUGUUUUUACUAUAAUUCUGCCAAGUUUAAUAGGCCUCUUUCGAUGAGAGUGUGAUGGUAAUGAAAUUGUACGAUUUUAUUGACGGAUUAU